AUGACUCUGGUGGCUCCGCAGGCUCUGGAGGUGGCCGCCAGAGAUCUCAUUAUUUUCCCGGAUGAUAUUGAAUACAAGAAGGUUCCCCAGUGCACGACGGGAAGAGUGUACAUUUUGAAGUUCAAGUCGUCAUCAAGAAAGUUCUUUUUCUGGAUGCAGGAACCCAAAACGGACAAAGAUGAAGAGUACUGCACCAAGGUCAACGAGAGUCUGAACAACCCGCCGACGCCGGGCAGCUCGCGGUCCAACGUGUCCACCCAGCCGCCCUGCCUUCGGAUCUGUCUAAUCUCGGCUGCCGGACCGGCCGUCCAGCUCAGCGACCUGCAGAGCAUCCUGUCCAACAUGAACGUGCCCCAGCCAGCCGAAGCCGGCGCCGGCGGCGAGGUGGACCUGUCGUCGGCCAUGACGGCCGAGGCGCUGCAGCCGGUGCUGUCCAACCCCGCCUUCCUGGAGAGGCUGCAGCAGUUCCUGCCGUCGAUCGGCAACAACGAGCAGCUGCCGCCCGCCCAAAACCUGCGCGGUACCCUGCAGAGUCCCCAGUUCCAGCAGGCGCUGUCGCUGUUCUCCUCGGCGCUGCAGUCCGGCCAGCUGGCGCCAGUGAUCGGCCAGUUCGACCUGGGCGACGCGGCUGUGUCGGCGGCCGCCGCCGGUGACCUGGGCGCCUUCGUGCGCGCCCUGCAGGAGCAGGGCAAGAAGGACGACGACAUGGCCACCGAGUGAGGCGCCGCCCUCCGCCGGCCCCGGCGCGGCCCUACUGUAUCCGAGAAAAUGCACCGUACCUACGCAGAGGAUCGGAAAAUAAACGGUUCAGGCGGUUA